AUGUGGUGGUUCCGCAGCAGGAAAGGGCCUUCUGGAUUCUCUGCAACUUCAACCGCGGAAGAAGUCACACAAGGGAUAGAUGGCUCUGGUCUCACCGCCAUUAUCACCGGAGCAACAAGCGGCAUCGGAGCUGAAACAGCGCGGGUUCUAGCAUUGCGGGGUAUCCAUGUUGUAAUGGGAGUCAGGAAUAUGGCUGCUGGAAAGGAAGUCCAAGAAUCAAUCAGAAAACAAAUCCCAAAUGCCAAAGUUGACGCCUUGGAGCUGGACCUCAGCUCCAUUGCAUCCGUCGCCGCCUUCGCCUCUAAUUUCAAGGGCUUAGGCCUUCCUCUGAACUUACUCAUUAAUAAUGCCGGAAUUAUGGCAACCCCUUUCGUGCUAUCCAAAGACAACAUAGAGCUGCAAUUUGCUACGAAUCAUAUAGGCCAUUUUCUUCUGACGAAUUUAAUGCUUGAAACCAUGAAAAGUACUGUUCGGGAAACUGGAAAAGAAGGAAGGGUGGUGAAUGUAUCCUCUCGGCGACACAAAUUCUCAUAUCCUGAGGGAAUUCGCUUUGAGAAAAUCAAUGAUAAAUCCGGGUACAACUGUCUUUCAGCUUAUGGUCAAUCAAAACUUGCCAAUGUCUUACAUGCGAAUGAAUUGGCAAGGCAUCUGAAGGUAUCUGAUUUAUUAGUACUAGAACCUUAUUUCCAAAGUUUAUUGACUACUGUGCCUGCUAUGUAAAUUAACGGAAGGGGAUGGAAGAUCUUUUAAAAGAAGUCACACUUGCCUUUUUGAGUUACUGGUGUUGUGGAGGGAAAUGAUGGCAAUUAUUCAUGGAAUUUUAAGUUUUAGGUAGGUCGGAGAAUAUCUGGUACUAAUCUGACAAGGUUGAAUGGAAUAAAUGAAUUCUCGUCAUUAUUUUGAACUGUUGUUUAUGUAUGAUAGUUUUGGUGAUAUCUUUUUAGGAAGAAGGGAUCAAAAUAACAGCAAAUUCUCUUCAUCCAGGAGCAAUUGCUACAGAUCUUUUCCGUCACCAUCCCUUUGUAGAGGGUAAUUUCUUUCAAAAUGUUCAUGCUGCCAAAUAUUCGUUGCACAGUGUUUUUCUGUACCGAGUCUGAAGCUUGCAUAGACUUAGUUGCUUACAAAUUUUACGCAGUUCUGCACUUUAUUCCUCGCUCCAUUGAUUAAUCACCUCCUAAUUAUUUUAAGAAAUGACAUGUAAAAAACUGCAAGUUCUUUUGGGUAUGAGUGGACAUUGGGAUAGCUUGGAAAUUCCUCGCUUCAACUAUGAAUUCUCAAUCCAUUUUCGAUUCAUCUAACCUGCAAGUGGAUAUGCUGUUAAGUAAACUGGAGAAGUUUCUUUGGUUUAAUGCAGGUUUUAUGAACGCCCUGGGUAAGCAUGUCAUGAAAAAUGUCCAGCAGGUAUAUGUUCUUUUCCCUUUGUUGAUAAUGAAUUUGGUUUCUAGUUGAAUCAGUUAUCAACUUCAAGAGUGAUCUCCGGAGUCACACCAAAUGGUGCCUUUUCUUCUUCCAAGAUUUCUGAAAUUUUACAGCUAACAUCAGUCCCAAUCACGUUGUCCUGAAUGUUAUCAGAAGUUAUAUUUCUGACACCUUAAUGGCAGAGUUGAUUUUGCAGGGAGCGGCUACGACAUGCUAUGUAGCACUGCACCCGAAUAUUAAAGGUGUAACUGGAGCUUACUUUGCAGACAGUAAUAUCUCCUUGGCCAGUUCACAAGCUAAUGACACUGAACUAGCCAAGAAACUCUGGAAUCUCAGCUUAGAUCUGAUUCACCAGUCAAAAUCUCUUUAGAUUAUCUAACUCACUUGGCUUCUGCUUUAUCUUUCCUCAACUCCCCCCAAGAGAGCACCUAUCAUGCAAAAAGCUCUGCUCCGCAAAUAGCCAAAGUUGUCUGCCAGCUCACAUGUUUUAGCACUUGUUCAACAUUUCGUUUGGAGCAAGCUGUGAGUUCAUUUGCAGAGUUCAUUAGCAGCUGAAAGGUGGGAUAUAUCUGUUUCUGACCAAUUUGGCCUAGAUUUCAAUCAUUCAUUGCUUGUAAAGGAGCAAAUGUUUUUGCGUGUUCGUACUUUUAAGCCAACUUCAAUUGGGGUACCGUAAACCAACGAAAGAAUCGAGUAAUGAUCAACUACGGUAUCAUAUCACGCAUUACAAAAAUACAGCAGUUAGUUUAAUUUUCUCGACAGACUUCAAUGAAUGGCCUGAAGUAAUUAUAUUAGCUCGCAACUUUUUGCGAUUCUGCAGACAGUGUAAGAUCAGUAUGCUUAGCUUACAGGCAAUGCAGAAAAAUAAAAACAGCUAACUUCAGGCGAGUGAGUGAAACGCAGGGAAAGCAUUCUAGCAACCUUUACUGUUUCAUUGGCAUAAUCUGAACCUAUGUUGGCGAUAACAUUCUAUAUACAGCAGUUGCGGACCCCUGAGAAAAAAUCAAGUCCUACAGCUACUUAUUGUCCAGGCUUACUUUCUGUUCUCUUCUAUUUUGAUAUAAUAUUUGCAUAUACAAUUCUUGCUACCACAAAUUUUCUUAGUGAAGGAUCAGCUAUACAUUACAUCACAGAAGCCGACUUAGCUGAGAAACCACACUUUCAAAUCAGACCUCAUGUCAGUCAAGUGCCAGUAAACUUUUUUAAGCACUCUCAACUUUGGAAAUGCUGGUGCAGAGUCAAGUGAGACAUCUUCAGCCACAGCGACUAGUCUUUCUACCACGACAGAAGCUUUCUUCCUAAAAGAUGAACAUGUUUCAGGUCAUUUCUGUUUGUUUCGGUUAACUUGUUGAAGCAGCAUAUGCUGUCAACCGACCAAAAUUGAAUUCUUCACUCAACCAUCCAGAUCCUCUGAAGCUGUCACCUUAUUAUGUGGGUACUUUCCUAUCAAAAGGUCCUUAUUGUGCCAAUUGGCUGGCUUCCUUCAAAGCAGAUAUGGUAAACAAUGCCAUCGAAGUAAACCAAGAAACAGUGAUGGUUGUGCUUCCCCUCAAAGAGACUAAAAAAACCAGUUAUACGCCAUUAGUGCGGCCUGUCAAUGGGUGGCGAGAAUUAAGAUCUAAAGUAGGAGUCAAUUUCACAGGAUCACGUCGCAAUUGCUGAGACACACGAUCUGCCAGGACUGACUGCUUAGCUAGUGCAUUGUUGUCGUUGCAUGCCAGUUCACGGAAGGUAUGAGAACCUGCUUGCGUUCCCCUAAAAACAUCAGGAUCCCAAUACGAGGGGCUAUUCAUGAAGGCACUUUGUGGGGCCUUGUGCAUAUUUCCAAAGCCUUCUUGUAGGUAACUAGACUGACUAAGUUGCUGAAACGGUAUAGCACCAGCACCUCCAGAUAGAGGAGUAGAUGAGCCAGAUGUAGCACGAGGACUAGAUAUAGGUGAAGGAGACAUCCUACCAUUAAGGUGUGGAGGUGACCUUGGGUGUAAAAGAGGACUUCCAAUAGGAGAAACUGGGCAAGAAAUAUUCCUCUGAAUAUGGAUCUCACUGGA